AUGUGCUUCAUUUACAAAUUCUACGAGAACCGCGGAAUCUCAAUACUGUUGUGUACAUUGACAGUGUUUUAUGCAGUCCAUGCGCAACAACAUUCAAUUAAUGACCCCAUUCCCAUCAUACGAUAUGAAUCUGAUGGACCUAAUCCCGAUGGAUCCUACAAAUGGCUAUAUGAAACCGGAAAUGAAAUAAACGCUGAGGAGACUGGCUACGUGAAAAACUUCGGUAAAGGAGAAGGUGAAGAAGUGCAAGUAGCUGAAGGGAAAUUCAGCUACAAAGCACCUGAUGGUUCGCUAAUUGCGCUUUCAUAUAUCGCCGAUGAAAAUGGUUUCCAACCCCAGGGUGAUCAUUUACCCACACCACCACCGAUUCCUCCAGCGAUUCAAAAAGCCCUGGACUACUUGAAAACUCUUCCUCCAAGUGCACAAGAUUCUUCAAAUUCUCAAGGACAGUAUCAACAACCAGCCCCCUUCAAGCCAAGAGGAAGAUUCUAGAAUUAUUUUUCUAUAACAUUAAAAAUAUACGGCUUUUAUGCAUUAAUUAUAUUAUUAUUUAAAUAUUUUUGUAGAUGCGUAUCAAAUUUAAUUGCUCUGUAAUAAAUUAUUUUCCGAGCAUAACGUUAAAAAAUAUGAUAAUACGAGUAUGAGAUAGUUUUGUAAUUGUAUACAUAAAGGUAUAUGAGAGCGGAGUAAUCGUGUCUUUUGAGACAGCAGUUAAGUCUUAUUAUUUAAUAAAAAUAUGUAA